UAUCAAAACCAGCCUUACUCUGUCUUCAAAAAUCCCUCCUUUCAAUUCUCCACCGUAAAGAAAACCCUAGCAAAACCCCAACUUUCAUAAUCCGAGUCCCAUCUCCAGUACUCCCAAGAAUGGGCAAAAGGAAAGUUACCCCUCGGUCCAAUGACCUCAAACAUCAAAACCCAUCUCAGGAAAGUGAGGAAACCCAUGACCCUUCCAAAGAUUCAACCUUUACAAAAUCUUCCAACCCUUUGAGCCGCCAAUCUUCCAUGGAAGAUCCCAAGGAGAAGCUCCAAAAUCUAAAGUCUCUCAACUCUUUACUUGUAAAGGAGGCCUUUGAAAGUAGGCAACAGAUUGAGUCCUUGGUUCAAGCCAAGGAAGCUCUUGUGGCCGAGUUGGGUGAAAAGAAGAAACUUGAAGCUGAGGAGAGUGAGAAAGAUUUGAGCUUUGAGUUGCAGAAUGAUUUGUUUUCGGUUUAUAUGGGGACCCAAAUGGAGGAACAUGGUGUCGAGAUGGAAAAGAUGCUUGGGGCCUUGAAAACAAAGGUGAAUGGAUUGAUGGGGAGUCUUGAAAAUGAGAGGGAAAGGCUGAGUUUGGUUUACAGAGAAAGAUAUUUGGCUAGGAAAAAUUUCGAGUUGCAAGUGAAUGAGGGUAAGUUAAUGAAAGAGAGACUGAUGGAAAUGGAGGGAAAUGAGAGGAAGUUUUUGGAAGAAAUUAGGAAACUGAAAGAGGAAUAUGAUAGGCUGGUUUGGGAGACAAAGGAGUUGGAGAAAGUGAAGAUUUUGAUGAUGAAUGAUAAAGGUUUGUUGGAGAAAAACAUGAAGGCUAUGGCCGAGGAAGUUGGGAAUUUGAGAAGUGAGAAUGAAAAGAUUGCGAGUGAGAAGAAAGGGAUUGAGGUUGAGAAAAAUGAGAAAAAAUUGAAGAUUGGUGAGAUGGAAAAGGAAAUGAAUGAAGUUAUAUUGAGUUUCAGGAAGGAAAAUGAGAUUUUGAGGUCCAAGAUUUUUGAGUUGGAAAAGAAUAACGGUCAAGCAAUGGAUCGGGAGGCUGAAAGAGCUAUAGAGAUCGGUGCAUUAGUGGAAGAGAAGAGGGCAAAAGAAAGGAGUAUUGAGAGGUUAAUGGAAGAAAAGGAUUUCGUAUCGAGAUCAUUGGAGGCAAUAAUGGUGGAGUCAGAAGAUAGGCAGAGAAGGAUUGAGAAGUUGUUGGAGGAAAGUGCUGCAGCUAGAGGAGUGUUGGAAAUGAAUGAGAAGGAAUUAAAGGAUGUGCAUAAGAAGAUUGAGGAAUUGUCUGGAGAUAAAACCGAGAUCGAAAUGGCCAAAAGCCGCGGUGAGAUUGAAAAUAUCGAGUUACAAAAUGAAGUGAGUGAGUUGAGGAAUGUUGUGCAGAGGCUGCAAGAGGAAUGCUUAGAUCAUCAAAAGAAGAACAAUGAAUUGAUUUCUGAAGUUAGCUGUUUUAGAGAUUUAGUUGAUCAGGUAACACUUGAGAAGGACGAUGCUUUGAAACGACUCAGUGAGGAGAUGCAUACUGGUGUUAACUUGAGAUCGGACGUUUCAGAAAUGGAGAAUAAGCUCAAGAAAACUGCUGAAGAGCUGGCACAGAAGAGGACCGAGUGGCAGAACCUAAUCAACGAAAAGGAAGAGAUGGGGAGUCACAUUGGAUCAAUAGCUGAAGAUAAAGAUAGAUUGCUUAAGGAACUUCUGGAGUCAAAGAGAAGUUUCAACGAUUUGAAAGCUAAAAUGGAAUCAACAGCCAUUAAUUACGAGCGCGCAUUGACCCUUUUGAAGAGCACUGCCUCCAUGUUAUGUCAAUCCAAAGAUGAAAACAAUCGGAAAUCGAUUGAAGGAGAUGAAAUCGGACCAUAUGCAAUGGAAUUGGAGGCAAUCAAAACGGCAUUCAAAGACAAAGAGACGGUGGCUCAAGACUUGAAGCAGAAAGUUAAGUUAAUGGAGAAAUCCAUGGUGGAAACAGAAAAGAAAAAGAGUUUCUGGACUAUGGUGUCUUCUGCAACAACACUUUUGGCUGCACUUACUGUUGCAUAUGCUGCAAAAGGACGUUGAGUGGUUUUGUUUACUGGUUAACUUCAUUUUCGGAACAAGUUUUUUUCUUUACUUGUAGGAUUUACUGAGAAAACUCUAAUGUGACAACAUGGUAUGUUGUCUAGUUUUGAACUUUAGCUCAGUGAUAAAUAAUGUGUUCUUGGACAAGUCAAGAAUCAUAACCUCAACGAAUGUUUUUAACUGGUACAUGUCAGUGCUUCUUAUUUUGAGUUA